UCACAACAGAAUAGCAGCCACACACUCUGUUUUGAUCAAACGCCAUUUCUCAGGUAUCGGGAGUUCGAAACAGAGUAGUAAAGAAUGGAGACGGCCCUGCUUCGGUUCCGCGUUAGUUUCUCCUGUCAUCCUCAUCCACACCACAAGAAAAUCGCCGCUCAUCACAGAGUCAACAAUGAGAUUCCUGGAGGAUCUGAAGACGAGUGGUCUCCUAAGGUUUUGAGUAGAAGAUCAUUACUAGCGACGGCUUCUGGGCUCUCACUGGCCUCUUCGACGUCUUUAGCGUUUCCAGGGGAAGGGUUAGCUGUCGUGAAACAAGGUCUUCUCGCCGGGAGAGUUCCUGGUCUGUCUGAACCUGACGACGAAGGUUGGAGAACAUACCGUAGACCAGACGAGAAGUCAGGAGGGCAUGGAGUUGGUUGGAGUCCUAUUAUCCCUUACGCCUUCUCUGUUCCUCAAGAUUGGAAUGAGGUACCUGUAUCGAUAGCUGAUCUUGGUGGAACUGAGAUUGACUUGAGAUUUGCUAGUCCUAAAGAAGGCCGCUUGUCUGUAAUUGUAGCUCCUGUUCUAAGAUUUGCAGAUAACCUUGGGGACAACGUGAAGAUUGAAAACAUUGGAACACCAGCGAAGGUGAUCAACGCCUUUGGACCAGAAGUUAUUGGAGAAAACGUUGAAGGGAAGGUGUUGAGUUCAAACGUAGCAGAACACGAUGGUAGACUCUAUUACCAGUUCGAGCUAGAGCCACCUCAUGUACUCAUCACCGCGACAGCUGCUGGAAACCGCCUUUACCUGUUCAGUGUCACCGGAAACGGGCUUCAAUGGAAGAGAUACUACAAGGAUCUGAAGAAGAUAGCUACUUCCUUCCGAGUUGUUUAGAGACAUUUACCAAAAAGUUUUUUUUUUUUUUUUGAUCCA